AUGUCAUCGGCUGUCCGUCCAUCAGUUCCUCUAAUUUGGCGCCUUAGACGGACAAACAAACCAUUUCUUGACAUCCAACUUCUAUUUGGCUAUCUUUUAGUAUUGUCUACUCGCAUUGUGGUAAUGUCCGCCAGCCAUGGAAGUGAAAAUGCAGAUGCAAAUAUAGCUCUUGAUCAAGAGUUGUCGUCCACCAACCAUACAGAAGCUAGAGUGUCCUCAAGCUUGAUUGAUGCUUUCAUACAAGGAUCUAAUUUGCCAAAAGUAUCAGAGAACAGCUUGAAGAAACGGAUUUUAACGAAAGCUAGUAAGGAAACAGAAUAUUUGGGCAAAAAAAAGAUAAGAAUACACAGUUAUCAGUAUGGAACGUACUUCAAUAAUAGCCCAAGUUCCAAGUUCUUGCCACGAACUCGUCGUCUUUCUGAAAGCACUGAUAACCUUCUAAACAGCACUGACGACUGUCCAAUAGAGGUGAUACAACCUCAGGUGAGCCGACAGAAGUCAGGCAUGAGAACAAGAAUCCCAUCAAAUACAUCACAUCAGUGGCGAAAAGAGAAGCAGUUGAACUUGUACCAGCAUCUCCCUGAUCUUUUCCGUAACCAAGGAGCACUCAAAUCAUCAAGUAAGGCAAUAGAUGAAAUUGAGAACUCUGAUAUAAGGACAAGUGAAGAUGUGCAACCGGUAGCAUUGCUAAAUUCUGAAUAUAUACAUGGGCCAGAUAGUCUUCGACAACGGAAAGAGCGUGGAACUGUGUUAAAUACGAAUGACGCAGUAACCAUAAAACCAGGAGGCUUCCAUGAACCUUGUUUCUAUCCCCACCUACCGAGAUAUGUAAACGCCACGGUUGGUGAGACGAUCCACUUACCAUGUGUGGUAGAAAAUGUCGACUUUACCAGAACUGUAGUAAGUAACUGCAAAAUUGUAGCUUUCUAUUUAGAGCAAAUGUUAUACUUUGUUUGA